GAGGCGCUAGCUCCCUAUAGCGUGGAGGGGUGGAGCCUGAAGAGCACUGCCCGCUAAUCGGCGCAUUCGCGUCUAUUCCGUGUGGCGCGGACCGAUGACUGGAGGGAUAGCGUGAGCAGCAGGCACCUCAAGCCGAAAGAAGCCGGGCCAUGUUUCGCAGAGUCCUGCGUCUUGGCUUGGGCCCAGUCCUCCCAAACCGGGGGCUACGCACACGCAGAGGAGGCUUUACUCUGGACUGGGAUGCAAAGGUGCUUGAUUUUAAGAAGAAGAUUGAGUCCAUCAUGCCUGGAAAGCAAUGUGAAAUGCUGUAUGAUACCAGCCACCUGCCCCCAGAACAGUCGGAUGUGGUCAUCAUAGGAGGUGGGAUUCUUGGUCUGUCUGUGGCCUAUUGGCUGAAGAAGCUGGAGAGUAGACGAGGUGCCAUCCGGGUGCUGGUGGUGGAACAAGACCACACGUAUUCGCGGGCUUCCUCCACAGGGCCUUCUGUGGGUGGGAUUUGGCAGCAGUUUUCUAUGCCUGAGAAUGUCCAACUCUCACUCUUUUCAAUCGACUUUCUACGGAACAUCAAUGAGUACCUGGCUGUGGUGGACGCUCCUCCUGUGGAACUUCAGUUCAACCCCUCAGGCUGUCUCUUGUUAGCUUCAGAAAAGGAUGCUGCCACCUUGGAAAGCAAUGUGAAAAUGCAAAGGCAGGAAGGAGCCAAAGUCUGUCUGAUGUCUCCUGAGCAGCUGCAGAACAAGUUUCCCUGGAUAAACAUAGAAGGAGUGGCUCUGGCAUCUUAUGGGUUGGAGAAUGAAGGUUGGUUUGAUGCCUGGUCUUUGCUCCAGGGUCUUCGUCGAAAGGUCCAGUCAAUGGGAGUCUUUUUCUGCCAGGGAGAGGUGACACGUUUCAUCACUUCAUCUAGCCAAAUGGAGACCUCAUCUGGGGAGAAGGUCGUCUUGAGAAGGAUCAACAGCGUCCAUGUGAAAAUGGACAAAAGCCUGGAGUAUCAGCCCGUGGAGUGUGCUGUAGUGAUCAAUGCCGCAGGAGCCUGGUCUGGGAAAAUCGCAGAGCUGGCUGGUAUUGGGAAGGGCCUUCCUGGCACCCUCCAGGGCACCAAGCUGCCUGUGGAGCCAAGGAAAAGGUAUGUGCACUUAUGGCACUGCCCACAGGGACCAGGUCUGGAGACACCGUUGGUUGCAGACAUCGGUGGAAUCUAUUUCCGACGGGAAGGAUUGGGCAGCAACUACCUAGGUGGCUGUAGCCCUACUGAGGAGGAAGAACCAGACCCAACAAAUCUGGAAGUGGACCAUGACUUCUUCCAGAACAAAGUGUGGCCCCAUUUGGUCCAGAGGGUGCCAUCGUUUAAGACUCUGGAGGUACAGCGUGCCUGGGCUGGCUAUUAUGACUACAAUACUUUUGACCAGAAUGGCGUGGUGGGCCCCCACCCACUAGUUGUCAACAUGUACUUUGCUACUGGCUUCAGUGGUCGUGGACUUCAGCAUGCGCCUGGCAUCGGUCGUGCUGUGGCAGAAGUGAUACUAGAGGGCGACUUUCAGACCAUCGACAUGAGCCCCUUCCUCUUCACCCGCUUUUACUUAGAAGAGAAGUUACAGGAGUACAAUAUCCUCUGAGCAUGAGCCUCUUCUGGGCCUCAGCAGCCCAGGCAUCAUCCUGUCUCACGUUGGCUUUGGUCUCUGUCUCAGUCUCCCCAGGACUAUGCCAGGGAUACAUCCCUUUCCUCACCAUCCUUUAAACCAGGCCUCUUCCCUGUGUCUCUGGAAUGGAAUAAGCAUAGGCACAGAGACCCAGGCCAAUGGAAAGUGAUGAAGUAGGACCCUGGGUCUGAUUGUAGCCUAGGCUGAUUCACUACCCAAACAGUUCAGCUGGCAUCCCGGGCAUGGUGCCCAGGGCUGGCCUCCUUCCUGGUGCUGAUGCAGAGAAAUCUGACCAGAGCUAAGGCACAGAGCAUUUCAGGAUAGCCUGGCCCACAUUUAUUGACUUGUCUAUUAACCUGUUCUUUAAUCAACAUAUGUAUGUCCCUCUGGCCGUAUGUUCUUCCUACUUUUCUUCUCAUGGUAGAAGCUUUUAAAGUAUCAUGCCAUUAAAAAGGCAGCUCCAGGGGCUGGAGAGAUGGAUAAGAGCACUCGCUGCUCUCCCAGAGGUUCUGAGUUCAAUUCCCAGCAACCAUAUGAAAGCUCACAACCAACCAUUUGUAAUGGGAUCUGAUGCCCACUUCUGUCCAAAGACAGACAGACUGUCUGUCCAAAGACAUUGACAGAGUACUCGCAUACAUAAAUAAAUCAUAAAAUAAAUUUU